AUGUUACGUUCAAAUAUCGUGAGAAUAUUGCGUAAUGCGCAUUUUUCACCGAAGAACUCCAGGAUUACCGUUUUAUCUAAAAGUCAGCGUUCAUAUGUUUCUACUUAUGCUUCGCAUAUCGCUGGUUUGACGGACGAACAGAAAGAGCUUCGUGAAGCCGUGCAUGAUUUUUGUCAAAAAGAACUCGUCCCUCGAGCGGCGUCUAUCGAUAAAGAAAAUACGUUUCCAAUGGAUAUGUGGAAGAAAUUUGGUAGCAUGGGUCUGUUAGGUAUCACGGCUCCUGAAAAAUAUGGUGGACUGAAUUUAGGUUAUUUUGAACAUACUAUUGUCAUGGAGGAAAUAUCACGCGCUUCGGGGUCAGUUGGACUUUCUUAUGGUGCACAUUCGAAUCUUUGUGUAAACCAGAUAGUCCGAAAUGGGAAUGAAGAACAGAAACAGAAGUAUUUGCCGAAGUUGAUAUCGGGUGAAUUUAUUGGUGCACUUGCCAUGUCUGAAGUAGGUUCUGGUUCCGACGUUGUGUCAAUGCGAUUACGCGCCGAAAAGAAAGAGGAUCGAUAUAUUUUAAAUGGCAGUAAAAUGUGGAUCACCAAUGGCCCUGAUGCUGAUGUGCUUGUGGUCUACGCAAGAACGGGUGCACAAGCAAUUACCGCCUUUCUUGUUGAAAAGGGCUUUAAAGGAUUUUCUACAGCACAAAAGCUUGAUAAAUUGGGUAUGCGUGGAUCGAAUACGUGCGAACUGGUGUUCGAAAAUUGUGAGGUUCCAGUUUCAAAUGUCCUGGGAAGCGGAGGUAAGGGUGUGUACGUAUUGAUGAGUGGUCUUGAUUUAGAGAGAGUUGUACUUUCGGGCGGACCUUUGGGAUUGAUGCAAUCUGCUCUUGAAAUCGUACUUCCAUAUGUACACACGCGCCAUCAAUUUGGAAAGCCGAUCGGACACUUCCAAUUAAUACAAGCCAAGAUAGCAAACAUCUAUACCAAACUCAUUGCGUCCAGAGCGCUCGUCUAUUCCGUAGCAAGAGCCUGCGAUCAUGGUCACAUAUCCAAUAGGGAUUGCGCUGCAGCCAUUUUGUUCUCUUCUGAACGAGCAACUGAAGUUGCACUGGAUGCCAUUCAAUGUUUGGGUGGUAAUGGCUAUAUAAACGAUUAUGACACUGGGCGCAUUUUAAGGGAUGCUAAACUAUAUGAAAUUGGCGCAGGAACAAGCGAAAUUCGAAGAUUGGUGAUUGCAAGGAAAUUUAAUAAAGAAUUCGAAGGUUUUGACGGUUGA